CGACAGAGCCCUCCGUGUCAUGGCCAUGGACGCAUCGGCUGGGUUCUACCUCUGAUACAUGUGGUCUCUGAACCAUGAAAUCACUGCUUCACGAUAGGCUGGACUGCAGCCUCAAGCUUCAUGAAUCCCUAUGAAUGAUAUAUGUAAUUACCAAUUGGCAAAUGUCCGCAAUUUGUUUGGCAUUACUCCUUUCGGUACCCACCGCAUCAUUCCUUAAUCUGUGCAGCUUAGGCCUCAGGCUUUCGAACCAAGCUCAUCCCAUAUCCAUGUCACCGUUCUGUUCCGUGGAACCCUCAAAUCGCUACUAUAUAAGACGAGGCAAAGCUGUGCGCUUCAGUGUUCUCCUCCACUUUCCAGCCUCGCAAUAAUUAUUUGGGUACUCGUCGCUGAUCCCGGACGCGGUCCGCCAACUAGGCAAAUACCCACGUUACACGAAGUGUGGACCUUGGGCAGGGAUACUGC